AUGGCUUCGGUUUUACCACAAGAUGUUGAAAAGGCUCCUGGUGAACUCUAUAUGCAUGAAAGGUUCUCUAUAGGAGCGGGCAAGCCAUUCCCGCCACCACUUCCAGACGCGAAACACUAUGUUGUUGAGUUUGAUGGCAUCGACGACCCAAUGCAUCCAUACAACUGGAAAAUUUCCAUCAAGCUCUACAUCUCGAUCAUGGUGUGCACUGGAACAUUGGUGGUUUCUUUCACAAGUGCCGUAUUCGCCCCAGCCAUCGACAGCGCAAGCAAAGCCUUUGGAGUUGGAUCAGAGGUUGGGAAACUAGGAACAUCUCUCUAUGUCCUCGGGUUUGCAUGUGGUCCACUAAUCUGGGCGCCUGCAUCAGAACUGCGAGGCCGAAAGUGGCCGUUGACCAUCGGCAUGCUCGGUGGUGGGAUAUUCACCAUAGGCUCGGCCGUCGCGAAGGAUAUCCAAACGCUGAUUAUCUGUCGCUUUUUUGCCGGCACAUUCGGGGCGAGCCAACUCACCGUGGUGCCGGCAGUGCUCGCCGAUGUCUUCGACAACACAUAUCGCGGAGUUGCGAUUUCGCUCUAUGCUCUUACGGUUUUCAUCGGCCCUUUCAGCGCUCCUUUUAUUGGUGGUUUCAUUGCAUCGAGUUAUCUCGGCUGGCGAUGGACGCUUUAUAUCCCGGCAAUUCUGAGCCUGGUCCUUGGUGCAUUGUGUGUGGUUUUUCUGAAGGAAACAUAUGCCCCGUGUCUCCUCAUAGUCAAGGCCGCUGCGAUUCGCCGCCAAACACAUAACUGGGGUGUUCAUGCGAAGCAAGAGGAGGUAGAGGUGAACUUUCGUGAUCUACUCAACAAGUACUUCACUCGCCCCUUGAAAAUGCUGAUCACCGAGCCGAUUCUUCUCUUGGUGUCGCUCUACAUGUCCUUUAUAUAUGGUCUGGUCUAUGCCCUGCUCGAGGCAUACCCGUAUGUCUUUGAGCAGAUCCAUGGCAUGCGUCCCGGGGUGAGUGGCCUGACCUUCUUUGGUCUUGUCAUUGGCCAAGUACUGGCGUGCACCUUGAUUGUUUCACAACAUGGUAUCUAUGCAAGAAAGCUUGCGGACAACAAGAAUGUCCCGGUCCCUGAAUGGCGUCUUUCCCCAACACUUCUAGGCGCCCCGGCAUUUACAAUUGGUCUAUUCUGGGCUGCAUCCGCUGUUGCGGCCAAUAUCAUUCUCCGAUCAGCAGUGGCCGCGGGAUUCCCUUUAUUCUCUACACAGAUGUUUGAGAACAUGGGUGUCCAGUGGGCUGGGACGCUACUAGGAUGUCUAGCUGCCAUCAUGAUGCCGAUUCCCUUGGCAUUCCGGACUUAUGGUCCAUGGCUGAGGACGAAAAGCAAGAUCUUCCAGCAGUUGGUAUUGUGA